AUGGCUUUAACUUCACCCCCCCGCGGCGUGAAGCCCGGUGACCAUCUCUUGGUCGUCCAUGAUUUCGAUGCCCGUGGCCCCGACGAACUGACCCUGCGACGCGGCGAGAAAAUUGAAUUGGUCGAGAUGGAUGAUGGAUUCGGGGACGGCUGGUAUCUCGGAAAGGAUACCAGCUCCGGUGCCUCGGGUCUCUUCCCAGGAGUGUACACGACCGCCGCCCCCAAGAUCCCCAUUCGGCACCGGACGGAGUCUGAAGCCGAUACCUCCCACACGAACGCGCAAUCAACCUCCGAAGGGCAGUCCUUGUCGUCCGAGACAACGGCGGUCGUCCCAAAGAGCGGUGAAUCCACCCCUCACGCCUCGCGUCAUGCGAGUCUGUCCGACAUGCGCGCUCCCGACCUGGAUGCGGCCUCGUUUGCGCCCAAGCCGCCGCAACGCGCCAGCUCCUCCCCCCUUCCGACGGCCAAAAUGGCGGUCGACGUUCAACGCUCCCUGCGCCAGGGCAUCGACGGCCAGCUGGCCGGACCUGGCCAGGAGAGUCCCGUUAUGAACGAGACCCUGAGUGUCAUCGACGAACACAUCACCGACCUCAGCACCCCCCGUCACAGCAUGGCCCCCCAUCAGGAGCACAGCAACAAUAACAACAGCAAGGUCGCGAACGACUCCGCCAGCGAAUACAGCUCCCACCUGGAGAACCGCAUGUCCUACAUCAACGGCCACGAGACCGAUGAGGAGGAAGAGAACCACCCCACCGAGGACGAGGUCCGGCAGUGGGAUCCCGCCGAGACCGCCCGCUAUCUGCGCCAGCUGGGCCUUGAAGCCCGUCACUGUGAUAUCUUCGAAGAGCAGGAGAUCACCGGCGACGUGCUGCUCGACAUGGACCAGGACUUCCUCUUUAUGAAGGAGUUCGACUUUGGCGUCAUGGGCCGCCGUCUCAAGACCUGGCAUCGGAUCAAGGCCUUCCAGGAGGAGGUCAAGGGCGUGAUACCGUCCCAACGCCAGUCCUCGCGGGGUUCCACCUCCGGCUUCGCCACCCCAGUGGACGACCGCAGCCUCAGCCGCGCCGGCCACACCAGCUACGUCCUCCCGCGGAUUCCCCACGUCCGCGGCUCGACCGGCUCGCACCGCCUGAGCGGCUCCCUGCCCACCAGCUUCGGCGCUCCCGGCUCCGCCCCGGGGCCCCUGGACCAUGCCCGUCGACCCUCCGCCGCGUCGAUCCGGGAUGUCAAUCACUCGCGACGCCACUCGUCGAUCGACACCACUAACCGGUUCUCCACUGCCGCCGACGGGUCCCCGCCUUUACGUCAUCACCAAAGCGGUUCCUUUGAUCGCAGCUGGACCCUAAACGGAGGGGGCAGCCAGCGGGCGCAGCCACCCCCGCGCCCGGGCACGUCCCUGGGAGCGGCCCCCGUCACGGCGUCCCCUGACGCCAUCACCCCCCCGCACGCCGUCCGCGGAUCCGGAUCGAACGGAUCCGACUCGGCCAUCGUCGUGAACGACGAUCUCGACCGGGGCUACUUUUCCGGCCCCGAGGCAGACACCCGCCGGGUCAAGCGCCUGCAGAAGCGGACUUCAAUGGGCGGGAGCAUGACCUCGCGGCUGUCGAGCGGCACGGAUGAGCCGCCGUACCGGCUUCUCCCCGGCUCCCGCCGGCGACACUCGCGCAUCGGCAGCGCCGACUCCAUCCGGGACGCCGUGCCGCCGCCGCCGGCCGGGGCCUCGGCCCGCUCGUCGUACGCUGCGCCCGCGCCGCCGGUGCCCAAGGGUCGGUUCCGGAGCCUGAGCACGCGCAUCACCGACCGGCAGGCUCACCCGUCUGCCACCGCCCGCAGCAGCGAGGAGAAGGCCUCGAGCCCCGGCAUCCUCGCCGCGCUGUCCCCGUUCACCGGCAAGGCGGACCGGUCCGAGAAGCCGGACCGGGACACGCGAGCGAUGUCCCUGAAUCCAGUCAAAAACGCAGGGCCCAAGUUCCGCCGGGCCAUGGGAUUCCGCACCUCAUCCGACGUCGCCCCCAAGCGGUUGGACACCACGGUGGGCCCCGCGUCGCCCGCCCGCGACGUUGACCCCGCGUCGGCCCGCACCGGCUCCACGACGCCGUCGACCUCGAAGAGCUCGGAGCGCCACAGCACCGACGGGUCGGCGAAGAACGCGGACGGCAGCCUGUCGCUCCCGCGCAGCCGGACGACCGCGGCCAAGAACGGCACGGGCACCAAGUCGAAGAAGGACACCAGCGCCUACACGCGCGGCCUAGAGAAGAAGUCGCCCCAGGAGCAGAUGCGGGGCUGCGACUACGCGGGCUGGAUGAAGAAGCGGUCCUCGAACUUGAUGACCACAUGGAAGCCCCGUCUCUUUGUGCUGCGGGGCCGACGCCUCUCCUACUACUACUCGGAGCAGGACACUGAAGAGCGCGGCCUCAUCGACAUCACCGCCCACCGCGUGCUCCGGGCGGACCACGACCCGAUCGUCGCCCUGCACGCCACGCUCACGGGCGCCACCGCAUCGCCGACCUCGCCGCCGACGGAGAAGGUGCCGCUGUCCGAGUCGACGCUGAGGGCCCCAAAGCAGACUAACGAAGGGCCCUUCUUCUUCAAGCUGGUACCGCCCAAAACCGGCCACUCGCGCACGGUGCAGUUCACCAAGCCGGCCAUCCACUACUUCCAGGUGGACAACGUCAAGGAGGGGCGUCUGUGGAUGGCCGCGCUGAUGAAGGCGACCAUCGAGCGGGACCUACAGAGUCCGGUGGAGUCGUCCAACAAGCAACGAACCAUCAGUCUUAAAGAGGCGCGGCUGAUGAACCAACGGCCCCCAUCCCUGAUGGCCGCUCCGCCAACACCGGAGGAGCCGGAGACGCAGGACCAACCACUACCAAUGCCGCCGUCAGAGGCCACAGGCCUACGCACCCAGGGUCUCCGCGCCGACGGCAUGACGCCUCCGGCAGAGCCGGCGGCAGCAGUCGAUGAAGACAAGCCGGCGUCGAACCAACUGGGCCAGCUGGACACGGGGCCGACCUCGUUGCUCCCGGAUCUAUACCUCUACCUUUACCCCGUCUUCCAAGGUUGCGCAUUCCCCCUCCCUACCCCGAACGAAGAGCCUUCCAACCGCCGACUCUCCUACCAACACUCCCUCCACCAACACCUUGCACCGCAUUCCGCCCCCGACCCCGCCCUCGUUAGAGUCCUCGUGCUAGCAGACCCACAACUCGAAGGCGACAGCUCGCUGCCCAAACCCGAACAUGAGCUCCCCGCGAGACUGCGCUACCACUGGGAGUCAGUGAGCGCGUCCGUCCAGCGCGCCCUGCCUUCUCCCCGGCACGACGACGACGACGACGACAACGAUAACGACAUCCGCACCGCUGUUCACGACAUCCGCACGGCCGUCUCCUCCGCCGUGCGCGCCCUCGCCAAAGACGACCUCCCCCGCGCCCUACGCGCCGCGCGCAAACGCCUCGACCUCCUCGGGAACGACUACUACCUCGCGCAUAUAUACCGCACGCUCCACUGGUGGAGUCGCCCUACGCAUGUCACUGUCCUAGGCGAUCUCAUCGGCAGUCAAUGGGUUACGGACGAGGAGUUUGAUCGUCGUGGGGGUAGAUACUGGGAUCGUGUGUUUCGGGGGGGCCAGCGCGUUCCUGAUGAGUUGACUGUGACGGGGGCGGAAGACUACACGGGGAGUCAUGACGGGGCGGCGUCAGAGGCCGCAACGCUGGAAGAGCUGGAGCUCCAGCGCACCGACUCGCCGUGGGCGCAGCGCAUCGUCAACAUCGUCGGGAACCACGACGUCGGGUACGCAGGGGACGCCAGCGAGUCGCGACUGGAGCGAUUCGAGCGGGUGUUCGGGCGCGCGAACUACGAUAUCCGAUUCCGCGCGCCGCCUGUCCAUCUCAACAACGACACUAGCACAAUCACACCAAUCCUGCACCUCAUCAAUCUCAACACCCUCACACUAGACACCCCGGCCCUUUCUCCCACGGUCCAAACACACACCUACGCCUACCUCAACGACGUCAUCUUCAAACGAAGCUACCCCGUCGAAGACCGCUCCACAUUCACCCUGCUCCUGACACAUCUCCCCCUGCACAAGCAAGACGGCAUCUGCACGGACGGGCCGUACUUUUCGUUCUUCGAUAAAGAUGACGAUAAUGGUCCGGGCGGUGUACCACGUUUUCACAAAGGGGGCUUGAAAGAGCAGAACCAUCUAAGUGAGCAUCUUAGCGCGACGGGUGUCUUGCAGGGGAUUUUUGGGAUGAGUGGGGAGUUGGACGCCCCUGCUGCCGGACGGGGUAGGAAUGGGCUUAUCCUUACCGGGCAUGAUCAUACUGGAUGUGAUGUUGUGCAUUUUGUGGAUAGGUCUGCGCCUGCAUCUUCCACGCCCGACGACACCGAAGCAGAAGCCGAUGCUCUCAAAGAAGAUGAACAACAACAAGAACCACAAUGGACCUGGUCCGCCAAACGCUUCAAUCAGCACCAGCAACAGCCGGAUGAGGGAAAUCCCUCCAUCAGAGAAGUAACCCUCCGCUCAAUGAUGGGCGAAUUCGGCGGCAACGCGGCGCUCCUAUCACUGUGGUUCGACGCCGACCCGGCUGUCUUGGAGUGGAGGUACGAGAUUACGAUGUGCGCGGCUGGGGUGCAGCAUCUUUGGUGGGCUGUGCAUGUUGUCGGUUUUGUUACGUUGGUUGUGGGGGGUGUUUAUGGUCUUCUUCUGCUGGCUUCGCCGGGGUCAGCUACUGCUGGGGUUAAGGCUGAGGUUGAGGUCAAGGCUAAGGCUGGAGAUGUGGCUAAGGUGUCCGGGGGUAAAGUUAAUGUUGGUGACAGCUCUCCCGGGGAGAAGCGGAGAGAGAAGGAGAAGGAGGCUGUGGAGAACGAGGGGAAUACUUGA